CCCCAUCCACUCCACAGCGCGGCAUUCCAUUCCAUUCCAUUUCAUUUCUUUCCCCUCAAUUAUUGCCGGUUCUGUCCAUCUUCCUCCCCCUCUCCAAUUCCAUCCCAUCUUCCCCGCCCAUUCCGCGUCGGCGAGAAUGGCGUCGUCGUCGUGGGUGGUGUUGGUGGUGGUGGUGGUGGUGGUGGUGGUGGCGGCGGCGACGGCGGGGUGUGAUGCGGCGGCGCCGGCGCCAGCGGCGGACGCGGCGCACAAAGUGCUGCAGGCGCACGGGCUGCCGCGCGGGCUGCUGCCGGCGGGGAUCGCGCGGUUCCAGCACGACGAGGGCAGCGGGAGGUUCGAGGCGGCGCUCGGGGAGGCCUGCACGGCGCAGUCCGAGGUCGGCCUGCGGUACAACGCCACCGUGUCCGGGGUCAUCAGCUACGGCCGGAUCGCGUCGCUGUCGGGGGUCUCCGCGCAGGACCUCUUCCUCUGGUUCCCCGUCCGCGGCAUCCGCGUCGACGUCCCCUCCUCCGGCGUCAUCUACUUCGACGUCGGCGUCGUGUUCAAGCACUUCCCCCUCGCCGUCUUCGAGGCCCCGCCGCCCUGCACCCCGGACCCUCUCCUCCUCCUCCUCACGCCCCAUCAGGUGCGUGAGGACGGAUCAGCCACCGGCGGCGGUGCGGCGUCGCAAUGAAAGGGCGGGCGGGCGGAUUCGAUGGUGGCGUCGUCGAGCCAGAACCAAGAAGCGCAGUUUUGAGGAAUGGGAGUGGUCGGCCGGUCCGUCGCCGGCGGCCUCCAUCUGUGCAGAUAGAUAGAAUGAACAUUCCUUUCCUUCGUUUGCUACUAGUAGCUGGUAAUCUUUCUGUUCU